ACGCCAUCAGCGAACCCACUAAUAACUAAUGAAAAAGAAAUCCAUUUUCACCACGCGAUGGCUGCUCCACUCUGAAUCCUCAGUCCAACCUACGCAGAGCCGCGAAGGACGGAAGGAGGCUUCCGCUCGCUUCUUCUCAAUGUCCUCCUCAGCCCCCUCCCCUCAUCCCCCCUGCUCCACCUCCGCCUCCUCCCGCCUCCACCCCCUCACCUUCUGGUGCCACGAAUGCGAUAUGAGCGUUUCCCUCCUCCCCUCCCCUUCCCCUCUCCCUUGUCCUCAUUGUCGCCGCUUCGACUCCCUCCUCCCUCUCGACUCCAUCUCUCCUUUCUCUCUCUCUCCCUUCUUUCCCUCCCAACACUCUCCGGAUCUCCCGUCCCCAAACCCUACCCCCGAUUCCGCCCCCGAUGACUCCAUCGCCGCCAUCCCCAGCGUAGAGAUCGCCGAAACGGCCGCCGUUUGCGCCAUCUGCAAGGACGACCUCCCUCGAGGAUCCUUAGCUCGUCGCCUCCCUUGUUCCCAUCACUACCACUCCGACUGCAUCGUGCCCUGGCUUUCGCUCCGUAAUUCUUGCCCUCUUUGCCGCUCCGCGAUUCCAUGCUCCCGCCGCCCCCGCGCACAGCGGUUCCGCAUCCGCGUGUUGGAACCCGAUGAUGUCGAUGUAGAUGCCUCGUUCCGCCAGAUCGAGGUCUCGCCAACGCAGAUGGGUCUAGAGGAGACGGGAUCGAUGGACCCGGCGAAUAGCGGGGAGACGGUUACUUCAGAAUGGCCCGUGGGCAGGGGGUGGGCUUUUGAACAGGAAGAUGAGUUAACUGAUGUGAUAAUGUCGGAUGUUUGGGAUGAUUUGUUCGCUUGAAUUGGAGGAUUUGUUAGAGCAAAGACUGCUUUGUUUGCUAAGUGUUGGCUUUGUUUCCCUCUGUAAUCCACAACUGUUGGAUGGAGAAAAUGUUGUCACAUGUUCCCGGCAAGAGUUCUGUUUUCCAUAUGAGUGAUUCGCAAAAAACUUUUAUCCAUUCAUAUUUUUAAUUUUAUCGAUGGUUAUUGUAUUAGUGUCCAUCUAGUUUUACUGUGCCAGCUUUCAUUUUGAAGAGGAGCAUGCAUUAUUAAGUUGUAUGUAUGGCCUGCAAAGUUAUAAUUAAUAUGAGUGUACCCUCAUGUACUUAAUUUUUUAUUC